AUGUUGCGCUUGACCUACAUUUUGCAGAUAGCAAAAAAAAAAGGACACCUGAGGCUGCAAAAUUUGGAGGAUGUAGAGGUGGAUUAUCUGAGUUUAGUGCAACAGUUAUAUCUUAACUUUAGCCAUGGCCACACCAGGAAAACCAUCAAAAAGGAGGGCAGAAGGUCUGUUCCAUCCAAGACCUCCUUCACUUCACCCUUUACCCUACAGUGGAGCCCACUGCCCCAAGAAGACAUGCUUUUCAUCCUGAAAACCCUCAAAGAAAAGCUGAUUGCUAUGGGCUUUGAGAAGAAAGAGGUCAAAGUGUUUCGCCAGUGGAAGAAAAAGAAAGGCCAGAAACCUGAGGCUGCAUCAGAACCUGUGGUCCAGGUGAGUCAGGAACCACAUGGACAGGUCCAGAACGGCUGGACAGAUGUGGCAGCCAGGCGACAGCUGGCCAUCGGCAUCAAUGAGGUGACCAAAGCUCUGGAGAGAAAUGAACUCAAGCUCCUGCUGGUGUGCAAGUCUGUCAAACCAAAACACAUGACAGAUCACCUGAUUGCCCUCAGUGCGACCAGAGGGGUCCCGGCCUGCCAGGUGCCCAGGCUCAGCCAGAGCAUAUCAGAGCCCCUGGGGCUUAAAAGUGUCCUGGCACUGGGAUUCAGACAGUGUCCAGCCAGUGACAACCAGGUCUUCACUGACACUGUGAAAGCCAUCACACCUAGAGUCCCUUCACUGGAUGUUGCAUGGCUGCAAGGUGACAUUCCUGGUGUGACUCUAGGGGACAGUGUGGACAUGGAGAUGGAGGAGGAAGGGGAGGGAGGGAAGAGAGGCCAGAAAAGAAAACUGGAGAGUGAAUCUGACCAGGACCCUGAAUCUGCCUCUUCCUGCACUCUGCAGCCUCUCAAAGUCAAAAGAGUUGUUGCUAACCCUGCAAAGAAAAGAAAACCAAAGCGAGUGAAAUGAGGCAGAGACUCAGCAGAGACAUAAAGAAAUAUCUUGACAUUUCUUCAUCUGAUCACAUUCAUUUCAAACUUUGUGGCUUAUGAAUUUGUAAAUAAAGCAGUAUCUACUUGCUUAUAUGCCAACAGGGUUUUUCCAGUAUAGUUUAGGGUAAUUUUUGUUCAUUUAAAAAAAUACUCAAUUUGACUUUUUCAUCUAUUUAAAAUAAGUCUGAUUAAGUUAAUUUCACAAAUAAUGGAUGAACCCCACUUUUAAAGAACCAUUUCUUAAAAACCAGUUAAUGUGGGUGCAUAUAUGGCAUUCUUUCAAAGAGGGCUGUAAUCCUAAGUGUUAUACGGUUACUUCAGGGUUAUAAUUACAGGGAAAAUUCUGCCUCCAUAUUAAAAUGAAAUGGACAUUAUUAAUUCUGAUGAGAUCUAUGGUUGAAUAUUUGUUUACCUGUUAUGAAAAAAUAAAUCCACCACUUAUUCCUUUUUAAAGUGAGUUUAUUCAAUCAAAUAUCCAUGCUGGUAUAGCUGACGUGUGUGUUGAAACGGAUUGUUAUUUGCAUGGGGUCAUGUCUAAAUGAUGCUGGUACAAGUUCUUCAGCUUUUUCACAGCUUACAAUGGAUCUGAAUAAAAAUAUUGUUCUUCAGUUAGAGAAAGCUGUAUGUCAUUUUAAAAGUACACAUCCCCAUCCCCCCAAAAAAUCUU